AUGUCAAAUCCAGGGUCUAAGGGCGUUUUAAGACCUCCGAGAAACAAAACUCCGUUGAACCAAUCAGGACGUAGUUCGAUUUACACGGAUUCUGUAAGUAAUUCUACAGAAGAUGUUUCCGCUGGUAAUAAAUUGUACAGCAAUUCCGCUCGGCGAACGCCCGGCAAAUCAUCAGUCAGUCCUAGUCCUGUUUCACAUAAAAGACCAUCCUCCAGUCUGCCCGCCGGAUCCACGCUCAGACCAGAGAAUCAGUUCACGAUGAAAAAGAGACGUUAUCUACUGUUGAGAAAAGAGUUAAUGGAUAAACAGAAAGCUGCACAAGAUCUGUACAACGACAUGUCUCAGCUCCGUGAAAAGCUAAUCAGCAACGGCGCGAGGGAUCCUGGAAAACCAGAGGAUCUGAGGCUGGAAGUUGGCUCGCCAAAACAGAUUCCUCCAACGCCAGAGAUCAGCCAAGUCGAAGAAGCGGAGUUGUACAUCGAGAGGCUCCCGGCUGGUAUAGAAUUGCUCGAGACCUUGGAGGAUCAGUUGCGGGAGAUCCCGAGGAAGUCGCAGGAUUUUUCCCGCGAUCUCUUGGACAAGCAAUCGAACUUCGUGGCUUUCGUGACUUCACACCUGAUCAACGCCAGCGAGGGGAAAAGUGAAACGGACGAAGGGAGUUCAGAGGUGAUCAGGCAGCUGGAGAUUCACCAGAAGGAUUACGACGGUUUUGGGUUGCGUCUGCACGAGAUAGAAGUGAUGGAGGACAACAUGAUAGGGGAAUUUGCGAAGUACAUGCGUCGUUUGAUCGACGAGUACGAGCAUUCCAGAGCGAAACUGAAGGCGGUGAACGCGGCUGAAGCUCAGAAAGAGCUGCAGGCUCAGUUGAACGAAACUCUAGAGGAGCUUCAAGCGGAGAAGGAGAAGAAUAACCAGAGUAGAGAACGUCUUCGACAAAUGGAAACGCAACUGCAAAAGUCGCGUACGAAGACGAAGGAGUUAGAGGCUCGUGCUGCGAACGACGAAGGGAAGAUUCAACAGUUGCAGGUUAAUAUGAAGAACAUGGACGGUCAGAUGAAGCAGAAGGAUAUGACGAUGGAGGUGAGGAUGAAGGAUAUGCACAAGACGAUGAAGAACAGCGAGGUUCUGGUGAACAAGGUGGAGAAACAGCGGGACAGCUUCGAAGCACGGCUGAUGGAACUGAAGGAGAAGAUGACUAAUAAGGAGAACGAGGCGAUGGCCACGAUCAAGGAAUUGUCGGAGAAGCUGAACGCGAUCACCGGUGAAAUAGGGAUGGAAACAGUGAAAAGGCAGCACGCAGAGGAAGCGUUGGCUGAAUUCGAGGAGCGAUACAAGAAUCUCGAAGAGAAGAGCACACGAUUAUGCGAACUUGCGGAGAAGAACAAAGAUUUCACUAUUACAGAAGGAAAUCACACGGAGAACGAGGUCCAAUUGUUCAAUGAAUUAAGGGCAACCAGAGAGGAAUUAGAAAUGCAAAAGCAGAUGAUGGAGAAGCUGGAGCAAGAGAAAGAAGAAAUCGUGGCAGUGAUGCAUCAAGCGGCCAGUCGCGAGGAGGACGAAGACUCCAGGGAGAAGCUGGCUGCGAAAUUGGUUCUCAAAAACAACAAACUGCAAAACUUGAUGAUGCAGUACCAAGAACUGAAAAAGGUUGCAAAAAACGCCCAAGAAAGAAAUGGAAACUUAGAAAAGCAAUUGAUGGAGAUUCAGACACGGGUGCACUCUCAGUCCAUGGAGGGUGGCAAAGCUGGGUUAAGCGCUCAUGCGAUUGAACUUCAACAACAGGUCUCCGAUCUUCGUAAUAAUUUGGCGGAAGUAAUUCAGCAAAAGGAGAAUUUAGAAACUGUAUUGACUCAAAAGCAAUUGGAGCUAGAGCAGCGUGAUCGUGUCAUGCGUGAGCAGAACAAAUUUCUUAAAGCUAAGGACGAGUUGCUUUAUGUUAUAAAGGGAAAAGUUCAAGAAGAAAAUGGGGAACAAUCGAACAGCGACGAAAAUAAUGAAUAUCUUGAAGAGGCCCAGAAAAAGUUCCAAGACUUUUAUGCAACACUGAUGAACAAACAACUGCAGAUCUUCCGUCUGGAACAGAUGGUGCAGCUGAUGGAGGAUCAUCAAGAUUGUGCACAAGCUCAACGCACGCGUUUAGAGGCUCGCAUCGCUGAGCUAGAACUGAGCCUGCAAAAAAAAAAGGAACAACGAUAUACCUCGAGACAGACUUCCUCUGAUGAUGAUCCACCUUAUAUUUGCGAACGUUGUCGUCAGCAAACAUCCAUAGAGGAAAACGAAGAACGUCAGUUAAAUAAAAACGAUUCCAGUGACAAUAUCAACGAAUCUUUUCAUAAUUGGUUAACAAACCUGUCCAGUCUGGAAGUGACGAAAGAUUCAGGCAAUACUCGCGACUUCCAAGAUAAUGAUUCCUUUUGUGACUCAGAUUCCACAGUUCGAAAUAGAAAAUACGCUUCUGUGAUGUACAAAUUGCACAGAAAAUACGAUAACGAGGACGAUAGUAGCAGGGAGUCGCAAAGUUCUUGUCAGAGAAAAUAUCAUCGACAUCGUUAUCUUCAUCAUCGUAUUCGGUCCCCGAUACCGAAUAGGAUC